UGGGCGCCGUGGUGGGCGCGCCCGCGGCCUGGGCGGGGUUGCGGCUGGCGGGCGGCUGGCUGGCGGCGGUGGUGGCGGCCUCCACCACCUGCCCUGCCUGCGUCUGCCAGGCACCCGCGUGGCCGCCCUCGCCGCCGCCCCCGCGGCCGCCGCCCGCCCGGCCUGCGGCGAGCGUCGCGGCGGCGCUGGCCGCGGAGCUGGGGCCGCUGCUGGCCAACAGCUCCCCUCGGGCGCCGCCGACCUGCCCCUCGGCGGAGGCGGUAGCUGCGGUGCUACUGGAGAAGCUACCGCUGGCUGCGGGGGCCGAGGGUCCAACUGUCGCGGCGGAGCCGCCCGUGGCCGGCCUGGCCUUGGAGCCUGAGCGCGCGUCCGCGCUGGUGUUCGCGUGGCUGGUGGCAGGGACGGAACUCCUCGUGCUGAUCAGCUGCUGCAUCGCGGCUCGCUGCCGGCGCCAUGCUUGCGGUAGCUCGGCGGAGGCGCCGCGGAACGGGCGUGAUCUGGCCCGAUGGAUCGAGCGCCGCGGUGGCACGUACUGGUGGGUGCUCACACCAGACAUGGACUCCUACGUCGAGGAUGUCGCGGCGGCGGUGGGAGAUGGCUGCAGCAGGGCCUUCGCGUGCAGCCCCAGCGGUGUCGCGCCAGCCGUCGCGCAUGGGAGCUUCUACAGGUUCUCGGAGCCCGCGCGCACGGCCCAGUUCCCCUCCCUCGUCCUUCGAGCGCGUACCGCUCAGACCGAGCACGGCGCGGUGGAGGACCCCGAGCAGCAUUGCACCUGGGAGGGCGAACUGACGGCCUUCUCGGAGCUCCGCCGCCGCCUCCCCCUUCGAGUCGCGAGCGAGGGGGCUGGCGAGAUGGCGACGCCGCCUGGUGCCGACGCUGGGCCGUUGGUGGAGGCGGCCGCUGCGGACGCCGGGGGUGCCCUGCCGGUGGCCCUUGCCGAAGGCAGCGUGCGGCUCGACGCCUACCGCGCUGCUUUCCGCGAUGGCGAGAGCUGGCAAGUCGCGGGGGCGAUCCCCGUGGAGGAGGUCGACGGUUACCGUCGGCGGCGACCCAGGGUGCUCAUGAACCUGAUGGAGGAUCUGAGCGGCGGCCGCCGCGUGGCGCUGGAGGGGGGCCCCGAGUCUGCCGUGGUGCCCACUGCCGUCGGGGCUCCCGACCUGGAGGCAGGCGACAGGGGCCUGAGGGACAGGCUUGGGGUGCCGGCGCCCAAGGGGGCGCCCGACGCUGAGGUCGCCGAUGACGUGGGGACGUUGUGGGUGCAGCAUGACGAGCGCGGGGGGCGCCGCAAGCCUGGGCGCGAGGUCGUCCGCGAAGUGAAGCGGUGCACCUUCCGCGACUGGUGGGGGCAGAGCGGCGGCACCCCCCCGCUGUGGCUGGAGAUGGGGGCGCGGGAUCGGCUCAUCAGCUCGACGGACCGCGCCUGCGUCGAGAUGAAGUGCUUGCUCUCGGCGAUCAACUACGCUGGGAGUUAUGGCCAGCUCAACUUGGCCAGCAUGGCGAGCAUCGAGGUGUUGUGCCGCAGGGUGUCGCAGAUCGUGGAGGCCCACUCGGGCGACCCCGCCGAGCCGCCGAAGUGGGGCGACAG